GCAUGAGCUGAUGUGCAUAUGCCACGCUACACUUUUCCCUUUUCUCCCAUUCUCCCUUUUUUCGUUGCUUAAAAACCCUAAUACAUCACCAACCGCCUCCACCCGUCAGCCUCUGCCGGCUGUGCUGCCGACCUGCCAUCGCCCGUCGCUUCUCUUCUCUCUCAUGAUGUGCUGCCGACCUGCCGUCGCCCGUCGCUUCUCUCCCUCUGCCGGCUUAUUUAAGCAGUGAUUGGUGCUGGCAAUCAUUGGAUUACAGUUAGUUUUUAAAGUGUCAACCUAGAACAUAGAUAAUGGAGCAGCAAACCAAGCCAGAAGCUAUUGAGAAAAGGCCAGGAAUUCUCGUAAUUGGAUCUCCCGGUGUUGGCAAGCGCACCAUUUUGUCCAGACUCCUUGCUGUGGAUUUUGAAAAGUCUUGUGAUACGUCAUCUGAAAUACUCGUAAAAGGGUGGACAAUUGACACAAAAUAUUAUACGGCUGAUGUUUCGAUAUGGAUGGCUCAUCUUCAUGAUGAAUUUUCUUCCACUUUUCUGCCAGAUUUCAGCCAGUUUGCUGCUAUAGUGAUGGUUUUUGAUAUGAGUGAGAUGUCUUCUCUUGCUGCACUUAAGAAGUGGGUCUCUUUUACUGAUAUCCAGAAAUCAGAUAUCCUAUUGUGUAUUGGAAAUAAGGCGGAUCUUGUUCCUGGUCACCCUGCUCAUGACGAGUAUAAAAGGCAUUUACAGAGGCUUGAGAAUCAUUUUACUAGUUCAGACGUGGAUUCCUAUGAGUAUGGAAUUUCCGAAUUUGAGGGAAGUAGUUUAUUGGGCAACGAAGAUUCAUCUUAUGAUUUUAAGAGGUCAUGUUGGGAAUGGUGUAUGGAACGGAACAUUGAAUAUGUUGAGGCUUGCGCUUCUAGUGUUGAUUUUGACAAAUGUUUAUCGAUUGACGGUGAUUCACAAGGAGUUGAACGACUUUUCAAUGCAAUUUCUGCCCAUAUGUGGCCUGGAAUGGUUUUGAAAUCCGGAAACAAAAUUCUUACACCAAAUCUACCAGAAAGAGAAGAAGAUUCAUCUGAAGAUGAAUCAGACUACGAACCUGAGUAUGAAAUUCUCUCUGGAGGUUCAGCCGAACAAUGGAAUGACACAGAAGGGUGGAUGUCUGCAGUUCCUCCUAAUGCAUCUUUGGCUGAAUCCGCUGACAUAAAACCUGAUUCUGGAGUUAAAGGCGUAGAAGUGUCAGCAUCAUCGUCUUCCGAAUGUAAAGAUCACGAUGGAAAAUUAGAAGGUAAAGAAGGCGAAGCAUGUAAUGAUGAUGAUCUCGAUAAGGGUUCACAUAUGGAGCUUGAGGAUUUGGAGCAGUUAAUGUCAGAAAUUUCAAAUAUGCGCAGCAAUUCAAGAUUGAUGCCGGAUUUUCAGAGACGAGAAAUGGCCGCUAAGCUGGCCAUGAGGAUGGCUGCUAUGUUUGGCGACAACAGUGGUGAUGAAGGACUAGAGUGAUCCAUAAACAGAGGGCAGCUGUUGUAUCAACAUCUGGUUGAAAGUGCUGAUUGCCAUCAAGCAUCAUCCAUGAUAGCAUCUGAACUUUCAAUGAAAGGGGAAACUAAGGCAAGGUUUCUGCCAUUAAAGCUCAUAUGAUCAGCAUCUCUUGGAACUUUUUUUUUUUUUUUUUUUUUUUUUUUUUUUUCAGUGUAAUAGUGUCUUGGUUUUGACUCUGAUAUAUACAUAAUUUUUAUCAUUAAAUCAUUAUAAGUGAAUUUAGUCCCUUAUCCAUUGUUUUUGAAAUCGCAAUUUAAAUCAUAAAAACAGGUGAGCAAUUAGGAUUGUAGUGGGUAGGAUCGGAAUGUCGAUAGAACUUAUGAUUCUAAUUGAGGAUCAUAACACGAAUUUACGAUCUUACGAUUUAAUUUAACAAUUUAGUCUUAAUUAUUAUUUA